AUGUCAAGCUUUCAAAUUCCCCCAAUUACUGGAGUCCCAGCUCUAUCAACCGUCGAACGAGCAGCUGUUCUUGACGCACUUUUUGAGCCAUGUACGGCCCUACAUACCUUGUCUCUUGAUCUUCUUCACACCGAAACGUUCGAAUCUUACAAUGAUCUCAUUGCAAGUGUUGGCGUCCAGUUGACGGAUCUGUCUGAGAGCUCAUCAACAAGUGAUACGGAAUGGCUCGACAAGAUUCUUGGCGCUCACCCAAGGCUUGGUGAGAAGAAAGUCGAGAGCGCUCAGUCUCAAGCAGAGCAGGCUCAAUUAAAUACUGGUGGCGUAGAAGAAGCAACGAAAUUGCGGAAUCUGAAUGAGGAGUACGAGAGGAAGUUUCCUGGUCUCAAAUAUGUUGUUUUCGUCAAUGGAAGAUCUCGUCCUGUCAUUAUGGACAAUAUGAAAGAGAGGAUAGCAAGGGGAGAUGUUAGGCUUGAACGCGCAGAGGCUAUCAAGCAUUCCUACAAUAGUUUCUUCUGGUGGCUGAGGCGGAGAAUCUGGCAAGGCCUGGGUUUCGAUACCAUCUAUCGCGUCAAGAUAGUCAUAAUCGUCUCCAUCACUCGUGAUAGGAUUCAUGAUGUUGAAGUCGGAAUAGAUACUCGACACUCGGUCGGUUCCAUCUUCAUGGCAGUCUUCGUCGGUAUUCACAUCGUCCUCCAUGUCAAAAGCAUCGUAGUUUGA